AUGGGGCAUAUAAGGUUAGUGUGGCUAGUUACAGUGCAUGUUAGGGAUCUGAAGGGGAAAGAGGCUACGGGUGUCAUUGCUCAGAUCAGAUCAUUUUUGAAUUAUCUUCAGGGUUUCAUUAAUGGGGCUGUGCCAUGGGGAUUACUGCCUCCAACCCCCCGUAUUCACGGCAGGGGAGAGCAUCGUACAGAUUCGGCGUCGGGCUCUCCCGCUUGUCGGUCAUGCGCUCUACUCUGCUAUGACUGCUUGGAAGACUCUUCGUGUUCCCGGGUGGCUGAUUCUGUGUAUAUUAUUCCUGUUUCACCCCACCCUUGCCCCGAGACCUCCGCCUGCGCAGAUGUGGGGGGCUACUGCAACGAAUCGUGUGGGAGGCUUGAGAUCGGUCUUGCGGGCCGCUGCCUCGGAGAAGCUUGCCUCUGCUGCGUCGAAAGAGGGUCCACAGCCGCACCUAGGACCACGUCUACUCCAGCCACUUAUGCAAAGACCACGUCUACUCCAGCCACUUAUGCAAAGACCACGUCUACUCCAGCCACUUAUGCAAAGACCACGACUACUCCAGCCACUUAUUCUAAGACCACGACUACUCCAGCCACUUAUGCAAAGACCACGACUACUCCAGCCACUUAUGCAAAGACCACGACUACUCCAGCCACUUAUGCAAAGACCACGACUACUCCAGCCACUUAUGCAAAGACCACGACUACUCCAGCCACUUAUGCAAAGACCACGACUACUCCAGCCACUUAUGCAAAGACCACGUCUACUCCAGCCACUUAUUCUAAGACCACGACUACUCCAGCCACUUAUGCAAAGACCACGACUACUCCAGCCACUGAUUCUAAGACCACAACUACUCCAGCCACUUAUGCAAAGACCACGACUACUCCAGCCACUUAUUCUAAGACCACGACUACUCCAGCCACUUAUGCAAAGACCACGACUACUCCAGCCACUUAUGCAAAGACCACGACUACUCCAGCCACUUAUUCUAAGACCACGACUACUCCAGCCACUUAUGCAAAGACCACGACUACUCCAGCCACUGAUUCUAAGACCACGACUACUCCAGCCACUUAUGCAAAGACCACGACUACUCCAGCCACUUAUACCACGACUACUCCAGCCACUUAUGCAAAGACCACGACUACUCCAACCACUUAUGCAAAGACCACGACUACUCCAGCUACUUAUGCAAAGACCACGACUACUCCAGCCAUUUAUUCUAAGACCACGACUACUCCAGCCACUUAUGCAAAGACCACGACUACUCCAGCCACUUAUGCAAAGACCACGACUACUCCAGCCACUUAUGCAAAGACCACGACUACUCCAGCCAUUUAUUCUAAGACCACGACUACUCCAGCCACUUAUGCUAAGACCACGACUACUCCAGCCACUUAUUCUAAGACCACGACUACUCCAGCCACUUAUGCAAAGACCACGACUACUCCAGCCACUUAUGCAAAGACCACGACUACUCCAGCCACUUAUGCAAAGACCACGUCUACUCCAGCCACUUAUGCAAAGACCACGACUACUCCAGCCACUUAUUCUAAGACCACGACUACUCCAGCCACUUAUUCUAAGACCACGACUACUCCAGCCACUUAUGCAAAGACCACGACUACUCCAGCCACUUAUGCAAAGACCACGACUACUCCAGCCAUUUAUGCAAAGACCACGACUACUCCAGCCACUUAUGCUAAGACCACGACUACUCCAGCCACUUAUUCUAAGACCACGACUACUCCAGCCACUUAUUCUAAGACCACGACUACUCCAGCCACUUAUUUCUAA